AAGAAAAAAUGGCGACAUCCAUGAGAAACGGCGUGAGUGCGGUCAAACGAGUAGGCCUAGUUCCUCUGCUUAUUCGAGGCCAAACCAGACCUUUUCGGACUUCUUCCGUUCUUGUUAAAGAUCAUCUGUGUCAUCCAUGUAUAAAUGUCCUCUCAGGUCAAGGAUUGGCAUUCAGGCAUCUUGGCGUUCCUUCUCAAACCUUCUCAUCCAACCCCCAACGAUGGCUGAGCACCUCCCAUAGGUUGUGCAGCGAGACGUCCGACCAACCUGCCGAAGAGGCCGAGCAGCUGCACAGCAUUAUUCAAGAUUCAGAAACGGUCACUGGGACGCCAGAGAAUCAUGAGUUUCAAGCCGAGACGAGGAUGUUGCUAGAUAUUGUGGCCAAGUCGCUGUAUUCGGAGAAUGAGGUUUUCAUCCGGGAGCUUAUAUCCAAUGCCAGCGACGCCCUGGAGAAGCUGCGCUACCUAUCAUUAACCUCUGGGUCAGGGGUCAGCGGGGACCUGCCCUUGGAGAUCCACAUAGCAACCAAUCAGGAAGCUGGAACUUUCACAAUUCAGGACACUGGCGUUGGGAUGACUUUACAAGAAAUGAUCGACAAUCUGGGCACUAUAGCGAGAUCGGGCUCCAAGGCGUUUCUGGAGGAGUUGCAGAAGGACGGUCAGACAGGGUCGACUGGUGGCAGCAUCGUGGGUCAGUUCGGGGUGGGUUUCUACUCGGCGUUCAUGGUGGGGGACCACGUGGAUGUCUACUCUAAGUCCCACCAGCCAGACUCCAAGGCUUACCGCUGGUCAUCUGACGGGACUGGCAACUAUGACAUCGUUGAAGCGGACGGGGUCCAACUGGGCACCAAGAUCGUCAUCCAUCUCAAGAAGGACUGCUGGAGAUUUGCUAUGGAGGCAGAUGUCAAAGAAAUCAUCAGUAAACAUAGCACGUUUGUGGGCAUGCCGAUCUUUCUGAAUGGCAAGCUGAUGAACACCACACAGGCCUUGUGGACAAAGGAGCCGCGCGAAGUGUCCGACCAGCAGCAUGAAGAGUUCUACCAGUUCCUGACCCACAAUUCCUACGACAAGCCACGCUACACGCUGCACUACAAGACUGAUGCACCGCUCAACAUUCGCAGCCUGUUCUACGUCCCCAGCAGGCCCCCUGCCAUGUGGGAGCUCAGUCAGGACCACUCGGGGGGUGUGGCUCUGUACAGUAGGCGGGUGCUUAUCCAGCAGAAGGCAGACAAGAUACUGCCCAAGUGGUUCCGAUUUAUUCAAGGUGUUGUAGACAGCGAGGACAUCCCACUAAACCUGAGCCGAGAGCUACUGCAAGAUAGCGCCCUCAUCAGGAAGUUGAGGAUGGUGAUCACAAGUCGUCUUGUGCGCUUCCUGCUGGACCAACGCAAGAAGGAUCCCAAGACAUACGAGCAAUUCUUCACGGAAUACGGGACGUUUCUACGGGAGGGUAUCAUCUCAUCUAGUGAACAGGCUGAAAAGGAGGAGAUAGGCAAACUCCUCUGCUUCGAGACUUCGGCCCAGUCAGCUGGAAGCCUAACCAGCCUGCAAGACUACGCAUCUCGCAUGAAGGCCGGCCAGCGCAAUAUAUACUACAUAUGUGCUCCGAGCCGGGAGUUGGCCGAGUCAUCGCCGUACUUUGAGGCCUUCCAGCGUCAAGGCCAUGAGGUGUUGUUCUGCUACGCCGAGUACGAUGAGCUGACCAUGCUGCAGCUGCGGGAAUUUGACCGCAAGCUGCUGACCUCGGUGGAGAGCGAGAUGGCCGUGCAGAACGCUGGCGCGGAGACCAGCGACACGGAGACAGUCGAAGGCAGCCUGACGGAGGAGGAAUCGGACUCUCUCAUCACCUACAUGAAAGAUGUCUUAGGCACCAAGGUGGCUAAUGUCAAGGUGACCCAACGUCUGGCCCAGCACCCUGCCAUGGUGACGGUGGCCGAGAUGGGGGCGGCGCGUCAUUUCCUGCGCACCGCGCUGAAGAAUCGCAGCGAGGAGGAGAAGCUGCAACUGCUCCAACCCACGCUGGAGCUCAACGGCAGCCACCCCAUUGUGCAGAAGCUGUUUGCCCUGAAGACCAGCGAGCCAGCCUUGGCCAGACUACUCAGUGAACAGGUGUACGACAACGCCAUGAUUGCAGCCGGAUUGGUGGAUGACCCUCGACCGAUGCUGGGCCGCCUAACUGCAUUCAUGGAAAAAACGCUGGAAAAAUACUAAAAAAAAAAGAGGGACGGCUGUGACUUCCUCCUCUCUGUGCCAGUGGGCCGGCAUAUCCCAGACAGUAUACUUUUGUUUUUAACUAUUAAAGUUUGGUCUCAGAAAUGUAGACCAUUUCGGUGGUGAUGCAAGUCUGUAGUUACAUCAGUGCAUGCGUCAUUCGUUGGCCAUGGGGACGUUGGCACAGACCACUGGGGAGAUUAUAAGUAUUUGCCAAGUUUUUGAUGCAUUUUUAUAACAAACUGAAUGUAUAAAACAUUUGAGGGACUGAAUUCCUGACAGACUGUGGCACAUGAGCUGGGAUUGUUUUUGUGUCUGGUACAUACGGUCGCACCGUGGCCCGUAUAACUCUGUCCAUAGGUCCAGAUGGGAAAAGUAGAGGGGCGGGUUUCCUGGUUUCACCAGAAUUAGGCUCAGCCCACUGCACCAGGAAUGAUAACAGACGAAUUUUGAUGAAGUCAAAAUCUCAACUUUUUUUUUUUUAAUUGGUCAGCCAGUAGUAAUUUCAAUAGCCAACGUGGCCAAUAGCCAGUUCUAUAGUGUGCCUCCCUAAAGGGCAACAUCUGAUCAAUAGUGGACAUGAGGCGAGCAAUCCCAUAUGACUUCAGAUCCCUACUCAAAUAAAGAGCCAAAAAAGGGAGCCAGCAGAAGAGCUUACCAAAAAAAAAAUAAGGCUUUUAAAAUUUUAGUGAGGGAUUUGUUUGGGAUUUUUGGCUUUGUUUCGUCUUUUGGAAGCAUCUGCCUGGUUUGUACACCACAUGAGAUGGUGGGUCCGGGGGGAGGUCCCUCUGUGGUUAGAAAUUCAAGAAAAUACCUUACGUCACAAAGCAAGCAGUGACGUCCUUACUGUUUGAGGACUUUACUUCACUGAGAAACGGUCUAUUUUUGGUUGUUUAUUCCAAAAUCCCCAUCUCCAAGAAAUACCAGUUUCGUAAUGGUAAAAAGCACGUGGGAUGGAAAGACUCAACGUGACCGAUUAAACUUAAUCCAUUUCUGCUCCGUUCAAACAUGAUGGAGCCUCUUUUGAAGUGAUGAAUAUUCUAUCGACGUCCCCGAACUCUUAAGGCUGUCCAUAUUGAACUUUUUUUUUUCCACGUGCAGCUUGCUCACGAAGAAGAUUUGGAGGCUUACCAGAAAGUCCUUCCUCAAUCCCCUCCCCCAUCCUUCGAAGACGCAGAUGUUUCCGUGCGCAUCUGUGUAAAUUGAAAGCUGACCAUCAAAAAAUCAAGUGACAGAAAUCCUCUACAACCCAUCGUAGCACUAGAAAGCACUUUACACAAAGUUUCAGACUUUCAUAGCACAUGGCAUUCAAAAUGUUCUUUUGAUUUUUAUUAAGCAACUUUCAACAAUCCAGACGCACAUGGUAUGUACAAGGGCUGUCAUUUCAGCAUUCAAUUUCUGAAGUGCAUAUUUCAACACUAUUUACAUUGUAGAAAGGCACGUACGAAUGUGCUGUGCUGUAAUGUAGGGAUUUUUGAAAAACUACUUUGUGAUCGGGGAAGUUCAUUAAGAAAGGGAUUCCUUUGUAUUGCUUCAAUUUUUGUAUUUGCUUCUGUAGUCAUUUGUUGCUGAUCCUUCAACAGCAUGUGUCCUGAAUAAAGGGGGAAAAGAGAUGCCCGAAAA